CUUGUUUUACGCAGGGAUCAGAGAUUCAUUACUAAACAUGGGUGCAUUUUUGGAUAAACCCAAAACUGAGAAACAUAAUGCUCAUGGUGCUGGGAAUGGUUUACGUUAUGGCUUAAGCAGCAUGCAGGGAUGGAGAGUGGAAAUGGAAGAUGCUCACACGGCUGUUGUAGGUAUUCCUCAAGGCUUGGAAGACUGGUCGUUUUUUGCAGUUUAUGAUGGGCAUGCUGGAUCCCGUGUAGCAAAUUACUGCUCAACACAUUUAUUAGAACACAUCACUAAUAAUGAAGACUUUAGGGCAGCUGGAAAAUCAGGAUCUGCUCUUGAGCCUUCAGUGGAAAAUGUCAAGAAUGGUAUCAGAACUGGCUUUUUGAAAAUUGAUGAAUACAUGCGUAACUUUUCAGACCUCAGAAAUGGAAUGGACAGGAGCGGUUCAACUGCAGUGGGAGUUAUGAUUUCACCUAAGCAUGUCUACUUUAUCAACUGUGGUGAUUCACGUGCUGUUCUGUAUAGGAAUGGACAAGUCUGCUUUUCUACCCAAGAUCACAAACCUUGCAAUCCAAGGGAAAAGGAGCGAAUCCAAAAUGCAGGCGGCAGCGUAAUGAUACAACGUGUUAAUGGUUCAUUAGCAGUGUCUCGUGCUCUGGGGGACUAUGAUUACAAGUGUGUUGAUGGCAAGGGCCCAACAGAACAACUUGUUUCUCCAGAGCCUGAGGUUUAUGAAAUUUUAAGAGCAGAAGAGGAUGAAUUUAUCAUCUUGGCUUGUGAUGGGAUCUGGGAUGUUAUGAGUAAUGAGGAGCUCUGUGAAUUUGUUAAAUCUAGGCUUGAGGUAUCUGAUGACCUGGAAAAUGUGUGCAAUUGGGUAGUGGACACUUGUUUACAUAAGGGAAGUCGAGAUAACAUGAGUGUUGUACUAGUUUGCCUUUCAAAUGCCCCCAAGGUCUCAGAAGAAGCAGUGAGAAAAGAUUCAGAGUUGGAUAAGUACUUGGAAUCACGGGUUGAAGAAAUUAUGGAGAAGUCUGGGGAGGAAGGAAUGCCUGAUCUUGCCCAUGUCAUGCGCAUCUUGUCUGCAGAAAAUAUCCCAAAUUUGCCUCCUGGGGGAGGUCUUGCUGCCAAGCGCAAUGUUAUUGAAGCUGUUUAUAGUAGGCUGAAUCCACAUAGAGAAAGUGAUGGGCAGGCUGCUCCAUCACUGGAAAUUAGUGAUAGUGAUAGACCAGACCUUUCAGUGCCACUGUGUGCCCAGUUGAAUACCUGAGGAUAAUUUCUAAUCUUACUGUUGUAGUGUGGGUCUGUGAGUGCUGAACUGAAAUAACCAUUUUUGUUGUACCCUGCUGUGCUGCAUCAGAGCAAAACUCUUCAUCCUUUUCCCAUCCUUAGAAAUACUAAUAACGCUGUCAGCUGUAAUAUUUUUUCUUUUGUCUUAGUAUAGUUCCAGGAGACAAAACAGUCUCUUUUUUGUUUGUUUGUUUUAAUUACCCUAAAUUUCAAAGUAAUUCAAACAAGUAUUUUCUCAUAGGGUUUUCUAGUUUUUGUACAUUUAAAAAUAAUUUUUAACAUUUUUAAGAAAUUUAAGGGAACCAAACUUAGUAAUGAAACUUGUUGAGAAGAAAAGACUCAUCUUGCAUGUCUCCAAAUACUCUUGGCAGGCAUUGAGAGAGAGAGCAGUCACUGGUAAAAAUUAUAUCUCAUCUCAAUUACAUUGUUUUUCAGGAUUCAUUACUGCAUAGCAAUUACAUAUAACUUUUUUUUCUUAGCAAUGAAAGUAUCCUAACAAGAAGGAAAUUUUUAGAGUUACUAUAUUUUAGUGAGCUGAAUAAAAGUGGUACUCUAUAUUCCUAAUGCAGAAUUUAUAUCUUCACCUAGAGCAGUGUUUCUGAAUUUGUUGUGGAGAGACCUUUAAGUAUUAAGAAUUAUAUCUAAGACUGUAUAAAUUAAUUUAAAAUAAAGAUUUGUCAUGUGAUGUAGUCAGAGAGCCCUACAUCAAGAGCAUAGGAUAUGGAACAGCUAAAAUGAUGGUGGUAACUGGGAGGUAGAGUGGAGACAGUCUGACUUCUUUAUCUAGAUUAAAAGUUCCACACAGCAUCUACCACUAUGGGUAGAGGAAAUAAACCCUCCACAGAUAGUUAUUGAGUCUUCAUUAGUUAUGUAAAUACUCCUGUCUCCUCUUGUGUUUGAAAAUGCAACCCCAGUGUGUAAUCUCAAAAUUAUUUCACCAUACCCUCCUGAAUUUCUUGGUCCCUCAAAAAUUGACUAUUUUUUACUCUAAACAAGAUUUUAAGAAAUGUUUUAUAACUCUAUAUUUCUGUUUAACAUGUAUCAGGGAUGACUUAAAUUUCUUUAAAAAUAGAAAAUAUUUAACAUAGUAGAUAUAUAAGCAGUGAAUAAAUAGGCAACACAACCAUCAAACUGAGGGGAGAUGUUGAGAUUAUAAAACUUGGCUUAAAUAUGAUUAUUAUAUGACUAUAUAAAUUAAGGAGAUAAUACUUAACUAUCUUUAUCUGUAUGAUUUCUAUUAAUACAACAGAUCAACCACUUAUAGUCUACUAUGUGAUGGUUUGAUGUAUGGAAGACACUACAAACCAUAAGUCACAGUCUCUUCCCUUCUCGCAGUGCAAUUUGCAGUGUAUAAACACGCAAGUUAAAUAGUAAAAUUGUUACACAUAACUUAGUAAAGACUAAAAAGAAAUGACCAGAUAUAGAAUAUGAUUAAUUGCCUUUUGAAUUGUAUAGUGGCUUACUGGGAAAAUCAGAUUUUUCAGAGAAAAAAAUGGAUUUAAAGGAUGAUUUGAAUGACAGAAAUUCAAUGAGAAGGAUGAUAGGUUUAAGUGGAUAAAAGAGGCAAGGACAAAGUUGUAAAGCUAUCUUUGAAAAAAAGGACAUCAUUUUGACUAGACCAGAGAAAUGCUGUGGUGGGGGAAAAAAUUUGGAUGCCAGAGGUUUUUUUUUUUAAAUUUUAAGAUACUGGAGUGACCUUUUGAAUUUGAUAUUUCAAGAGCAUAAGAAUGAUAGACUCAAAGGAGUAUUCUUUGUUUCUUUAAUCUUUGGAAAUAUGUACAUUUAAGAAAUGCUGAAAGUCAGUAGGUGAACAGUUGUAAACUAAGUAUAAGUGUAAGCUCACUAUUAGUAGAUAAAUAUAUGGAUUAGAGAGCCUAAACCUAUUUACUAUAAAAACUACUUUGCAAUUCAGAAUCCUAUUCUGGGGAAACAUUACCCUUUCAGAAUAAACAUGACCUUACAAAAUGUUGAACCAUAAUUACAAGUAGUAAGAAAGUACUAAAACGUGAAAAAAGCAGAAGAAAUUACCAAUGCUUAGUUAAAUUCUUAGCUUUUCAUUUGACCUCAUUUUGAGGUGAGCUAAACACAGAUGUGCUCCAAAAAAGCUUCCCAACUUAGUUAGAUCUAUGUCAUAUGGAAGAUACUGCCAGAAGUAUGGUGGCAGGAGCUGAUAGUUAACUUGUGGAAUGGGAAAGACAAAAAUGUGAUAGAACUGGAGAAGAGGAGACAAUUGGAGAUAUUAUAAAAAUGAAUUUUAAAUAUGAAAAGUAAUUUGUUUAGACAUUAAGAGAAUGCUAAUCAGAGAUUUAUUUAAUUACUAAGAUAUUUUUAUAAAAGGAUUGUUCUGUAAAUUCCUGUAAGUAGUACCAUUAGAAUUAGAGUGUCACUCGUUUAUCUUACAUUAAAAAUUUUUUUUGGAUAAUUUAUUGGUAAAAGAUGAAUUAUGUCAGGAAAUUAAGUCAUUUUAAAAUAUAGUCAGAUAAUUGACUAUUUAGGGGAAUAUCAGUCUUAACAGGAAUUCAUAAUCAAGGAAUUGAAUUCAUGAGUCUUCAGAAAGUUUUUGAACAUAUCUUCAUGUGUUACAUACACAUUCUUUAGUGAUAUAUCUGGGGGUUUUAAUCAGUUCCUCAAAAGGAAUCUGUGAUCCCAAAAGAAUAAUCACCUAGGAAAUGAAAAAAAAAAAAAAAAACAGCAUUUUGCUAUAGGUUGUUUUUAUACUAGGCAAAACACUGAGAUCAUCCCCUUUUAAGAUUCCAGUUUGUAUCAAAAUGACAAUGCGUACAUUGUGCAAAAAUGAAAAAUGAUACAAUAAUUAUAUAAAAUUUAAAAAAAUAGCUGGAUAUGAAAAAAAAAAAUACCUGAAUCCAAAAGACAAUUAUUAAAAAAAAAUAAAAAAGACAAUUAUUUGAUAUUAGUUAUCAGAAAAUACAUAUGGUCAGUCCGCUUAAAAAAAAAAAAGAGAUUCUGGUUUGUGUUUUGUAACUAGAAUAUAAAUUCUGUGAGAUCUGGGAUUUCACCUGAUUUAUGGCUGUACUCCCAGCUGCAACCAAUGGCAUAUGGUGAGAGCUCAAUAAAUAAUUACUUCUAUUUAUUCUUCUAGUUGUUUGCUAAGAUGUUGUUUAAGUCAUACAUUUUUUUAAAAUAAUUUAAAGUUGCUGAUUGGUAUGAAAUUGUUUUUAGAGCUUUAUAUUUUCUAUGCAAAAAUGUUAAGCUUUUCCCUCUGACCAAGUUGCUCUAUAAUUUGAUAUUUUCCAAGGAUAAAAAAGAGAAUUUGCAUUUACCCAACUCCUGCAUAUAUGAUAGGUAAUCUCAACACCCUUCUUGUAGAUAACAUUAAGUAGUUUGCUCAGAUUAUAAAACUAAGUAAAUUGUGUAGUAAGAAUUUGAAUCUGAGCGAUUCCAAAAAUUAUUUUCUUUAUACCAUUCCAAUCUUCAUCUCUAAGCUAUUUAGAGAUUACAUUUGUGUCUACAUUCUAAGAAAAAUCAUUUCUCAUUCUUUUGUGAAUCUUGUGCUUAAUAGUCUUAAAUUAUUCUGGUUUUGAAUAGGAAUAUUUUAUAAAGUUGUUGAAAUAAAAUAGUUAACCCUUAUUUUUUAUCCACUAUUUUUCAUUUGCAUACACAUUUUUAGAAUCCCAAUACAAAAACUUUUUAAGGCAUUUUGAUUUUUGAGAAGGGGCGCAAAAGAUAAGACAGAACGCCAGAGGAUCUGUGUUUUGUUUUUACAUUAUUAAGUUUUAUAUAGAUAUUUCAAAUAAAAGUUAUAGUAAACAUAGCUGCCUUUUUUGUGUUAGUUUUAGAACUGUGCUAAUAAUAGUUUCUUGUAAAUUAUUUCAUAUUUGUGUUUUUGCUUGUCAAAGCAUUUUUAUAGAGACCAUAAUGCUCAUAACAUUAGUUAUUUUUUAAGGUAUGAUUUAAUAUAUCACUUCGUAGCUGUGUGAUCUUGGCCACUUCAAUGACUCUUUAAAAAUUAUUUCAAAUUCACUAAAUUUUACAUGAAUCUUGCCAGUAACAUUAAAUUUAUUAGAUUCUUCAUUAGUUACUUAAAUUUUUUCUUAUGAAAUAAUAUUUGAGAAUUUUUACUGCCAAAAAUUCUUUAUAGCUGACAAGCAUAGGAGUAAAAUAGGACUCAACAGAAAAUACUUAUACUAGCAUUCUUUACUAUUUUUCCAGCUUUGGCUAGUCAUUUGAAGAAUUUUGCUUAUGGCAACUAUAUUUUAAAAAAUGUUUGUAAAUAGUAGUUAACUUUUAUAUUUUAACUGUGCUUAGAUUUCUUCCAACUUAUUUGUUCUUGUUUGAUUUUUCUGUAUUCUAAGUAUUAUAUGAUGAUAUAAGGCCUUACUUUUGAAUGAGAGAUUUAAUUCUGUUAACCUAGACGACAGUAAAAUUGUUAAAAAAAAAACUGGAGGACAAGUCUCUGUGUAAUUGCCUUAAAUUUAUUUUGCAGAAUAAUCUUAACCAGUCCAUCUAAUAUGAUUGUCCUAUAAUUUCAUUUAAUCUUCCUGUAUCAAGGGGAAUACAUUGUAGCCUUCAAUAUGAAAUCAUUUGAGGUCUAUCGCUAUAGUAAUUUUAACCAUUAUUUUUUAAGUAUCUGUUUUUAUGGGGCAUUUACUAUAAAACCUGUUACAUACAAUAAUGUAUUGAAAAGAACGUUUAGAGGGACAUGGAUUUUUAUUACACCUUCACACAAAUCUGAGCUUUGCCACUUACUAGCAUUGUUGUCCUGACAAAUCAUGUAAAUCUAUCUGAGCCAUAGUUUCUUUACUUAUAGAAAGUAGGCUUGCAGUGCCUAUUAUGCAAGAUAACUGUAAGAAUUAAAUGAGAUUAUCUUUAUCAAGGUCUUAGCACAAACAUUAAUUUUCCUUCCAAGGUGGUAGGAGGAUAAAGGAAUAUCAAAUUACUUUUACCUCAAAGAGUUUAUAAUCUAAUUGGAGAGACUCGUAAACAGUUGUAAGAGGAAAUUAAUUGCUAUAGUACAUGUAUACACGGUGUAUGAAUUCAAGUAAAAAAAAAGUACAGCUAAAUAAUAGGUUCCUUUUCUGAUAUUAAUGAAAACUCACAAGAGAGUUGUGUAACAGUAUUUUGAAGAACCAAAUGAAAUGGCUGGGAAAGAGGCUUUGCCCAUCCAUCUUCUAUCCAGCACAAUAGGAAAAUAUAAUUUACUAUAAGAUAAAAUGACUUUAAAAUGUGGUCAUUAGCUCAAAUUCUUUUCAGUUCAGUAAUUCUAUAAUUCCAGCCAUUGUAAAUCCAUUCAUACUUGAUUUAUAGGUUUGGUUUUAAUGUAUUUGUUUGUUAAAAGAAACUACUCCUCCCCACUAUAACUACUAUAAAAAAUCACCCAAAAAAAGGUGAUUACUCUAAUAAUAAAGGUGUCAGAAGGAGCAUGAGAGGUUCUUUAUCUUUUGAAUUCACCAGUAUUGACUGAAAUAACACUAACAUAACUUUUAAUCAAAUUUUAACUUUUUUUGUACUUAUUUCCAAACAUUUUAUGAUCAAAACUUCCAAACAUAGAGAAAAAUGGAAAUAAUAGUUAACAUUUACAUGUCUUCUGCCUAGAUUCAACAACUGUUCACAUUUUGCCAUGUCUCUGUGUGUGUGUGUGUGUGUGUGUGUGUGUACACUAUUUUUUCUCUUGGUUGACCCCAAAUUUUAGACAUCAUAAUAUUUUACCUGUAAAUAUUUUGUCAUGUAGUUCUUAAGAAUUAAGACAUUUCUUUACAUGACCAAAAUACUAAUCAUACUGAGAAAAUUAAAAUAAAUUUAAUAGUAUCAUCUAAUAUCAAGCUUGAAUUUUACCAUUUGUUCCUGGAAUGACUGCUGUUGUUGUUAUUUUGUGGUCUAAUCAAAUUGUUAUCAGUCAGGCAUAUUAAGUAAGUCUUUAAUGAAGUACUUUCCCCCCUCUUGACACUGAGUAUGAAGAGCCUGAGCUAUGUUUCAUGGCUUAUCCUAAAUUCUGGGUGGUGAUUAUUUCAUUGUUGUGUCCUUUAUCUCAAGUCUCUAUUUCGUUUUCCUGUAAAUCGGGAAUUAACUUUCUUAGAUUUAUAGUAAACAUUUUUGGCAAGAACACAGGACAUGGCUCUGUGCUUCUUUAUCAAGUCAGAAGGCACAGAAUAUAAGGUUAUCUUUUUUAGUCUGUCUAAUAGUUAUCAGCUAAUUCAGCUUGGAUGUUAGAGCAUGUUCUUAUAACAAGAUUAAGUUAGCUACUCUAGAUUAAUCAGUAAGUUUCCCCAAAUUUAAUAAAAGAUAAAAAGAUUGAGUUUACUGUUCAUCUUAAUAAUGUUCAAAAUAAUUUAUUUUAUCUAGAUAUGUUUUUAUUAAAAUAUUUAAUGAUAAAUAAGUAAAUAAAAUUUUCAUCCAUAAAGUUUUAAAAUUUUAAGUAUACCCAGUUUAAAUUUAUAUAGUACUACAUUGUCUAUCCCCUCUCUUAACCUAUGUCAUUUAGCACAAAUAAUGAAAAACUUAAUGUUCUGAUGGCUUCCUUUUCUGUCCUUUCCUAUUGCUUUACACUAAUUUCCUUCUGUGCUAAAUCAUAGCCAAUUGUUUUGUUGUUUUUUUAAGUAAGUUUUAGGAAAUGCUUGUGUUUGUUGAAUUGUAAUAGAGUAAAUGUCAGUAAACUUUGAUAAUGUGAACUAAGACAAACUAGUUAAUGGUAAUUUGCUAAAAAAAUAAUGAGCUAUUUUAAUUGAAAGAUUUUAUUAAUUGACAAGUCAGACUUUAUACUAACUUAAUGAAAUGUUCUCAUGUUUACACUGUAUUAUUUGCUCAUAGUAGAGAAAUGAGUGUUUUGCUGUGAUGUGUUUGAAAUACAUGUGAUAUCCUGGUUUGUCUACUGACACUGGGGUCUUGAAUCUUAA